AGACGCACGUCUGGUCGGCCAUCUUUGUUGACAUCAUUUGCUAUUCUUGCUUUCGUUGUGUAAUUUUGAACAAAUUUCAGCAGUUUAUUUGGAAUAUUAAACACAAAGACCGUCAGCAUAAAGAAGAACUACUUCUACAGAGUCAACAUGAACUCGUUUUUUGGCAACAGACCUAUUUCUAUCAACGCCUUGAAGGAUUUUUCACAAAUUAAUCAUCAGACCCGCCAGCAUUUGAAGAAUGUAUAUUCCUGCCUGUGCUUGACGAUGCUUUCUGCUGCAGUUGGGAGUGGUAUCCACCUCUUCACAGACAUCCUUAAGGGUGGAAUCCUGUCAUCUGUGGCCUUGUUUGGUCUCCUGAUUGCUUUGGCAUUUACUCCGCAUAAUGGCAAAAAUCAAACAAAGAGAGUUGGUAUUCUUAUGGGAUUUGGAUUUUGUUCUGGUUUGUGUCUUGGUCCUCUGAUGGAUAGGAUCAUGGAGAUUGAUCCAAGCAUUAUUGUUACUGCCUUCUUUGCCACAACGUUGAUCUUUGGAUGCUUCACAUUGAGUGCCUUGUAUGCCAAACAGAGAAGCUUCUUGUACCUUGGAGGUAUUCUUGGAUCUGCACUGACGAUGCUCUUCAUGCUUUCCCUCAUCAACCUCUUUGUUGGAUCUUUCUUCUUUUACCAGAUCCAUCUCUAUGGUGGCCUGUUGUUGUUCUCUGUUUUUAUUAUCUAUGACACCCAGUUGAUUGUCGAGAAGCAUCGCCAGGGUGAUAAAGACUAUGUAUGGCAUUCUCUUGACUUGUUCUUGGAUUUCAUCAACAUUUUCCGUCGAAUCAUGAUCAUUCUUGCGCAGAACAAGGAGUCCAAGAAGAGAAGAAACUAAACUUUCAACUGUUGCGAUGUCACUAUUAGAUGUACCCGCUGCUAACUUGUUGAGCUAUUAUUUAAAUGUCUUGAAUUAAUUUUAAACCGUCGAAAGUACACUGCAAACCCCCAUGAAAAAGUACUAAAACUAAAUAAUGCUAAAUGAUUUGUGCAAAACUCGUAAAUAUUUUGGCAGUAAUUAGUACUUUUUCUUGUGUUCAUUGGGUGCAUUAUAGUCAAAAAUAAUGUGUUCGAAACUAAAUGUCAUGAAUCUAAACUAUAUUUAGCUCUUAGAGUGAUUUUAUUUUGCCCAUGAAACGAAGUUUAUGAUAAGUGACUAAGUGCAAUGUAAAGUCACUCUAUUGUGCUUAUAUGAUUGACAGUGGGCCGUGAAAUGGUCAAGGUGUCACUAAUCAAAUAGCAGAUAGAUGUAUGUGUGUAUGCACUAACAGGGCCUCUGGAUCAUUAUGUAGAUUUGUGAGAACAUCCCUCGCUUUUGUCGCUACUGACAUUCCAUUUCACCCCAAUCAACCUGGGGCAGCAUUGUUAACUUGCUAAGCGAAGUGGGGGCAGAGUAGGAGGAAAAGCAAAAUACUCCCUGUCUCUUAUUC